CUCGCCCGCAACAGUCGCGUUCUAGCCGUACGUCAGCCCGGUCGCUGCUAUCCGGCACUACCGCGUUGCGCGCACUCGGUGCAAGUCAAUACACGUUGCCCGUUACCGUGUAUUAUCGUUUCUGAUUACUAUUUUUAAUAUUAUCGACGUGAUCGAAGACCAUUUAGACGAAAUAGAUAGAGAAGAUAUUAUUUCGGGAAAAUCGAUUUUGCGCGCUUGGUAGAAUCGGAAUACAACUCGAAGGUACGACUUUUGAGUGUGUGUGACUGCGCACGCGAAACUUUUGCGAAUGUGCAUUUGAGUGCCCGCCCAAUAUUAUUGCUCCGCUCGGCUAGUCAUUGUAAGCCGCCACCGUCGCGGAUACACCUGAAACGACACGUAUACCAUUCGCAUCAUGAUCAUGGAAUCGACAAACGCCGCCGCGGAAUCGGCCGCAUCCGGAAGCGAUCGCAGCAGCAAUGUGUCCACUAGUCCGCCACCUCAACAGCAACAACAGACGCCGUCGUCAAACAACAACGGCAAGUCUGCCGGAAGCAGUCCGAAAGACGAAAGGGGCAGCAGUCCAAUGAUGAAUGUCAUAAAUCCCCAUCAUGCCAUCAUAACGCCAACCCGCGGCAUGAGUCCGCCAACACAGACCGCUCCACCAGUGUCUUCAAUGAGCUCUCUGGCGUCCCGUAUACCAAUGGGUUUGUUCAAUUCGCUUGUGCACCACUCUUCACCUCUAGACCUAAUGGCCAUGGCACAUCACCACCAACAGCAACAACAACAACAACAACAGCAUCCAUCACUGCAACCACCUCCGCGGUCUUACAACAGCCCUCCGCCGAUAAGUAGCACUGACCCGACAGCAAACGAAUGCAAGUUGGUCGAGUACCGCGGGCAAAAAGUUGCGGCAUUCAUGAUAGCAGGCGACACAAUGCUGUGCCUUCCACAGGCGUUUGAGCUGUUCCUCAAACACCUUGUCGGUGGUUUGCACACUGUUUACACCAAGCUCAAGCGGCUGGACAUCGUGCCACUCGUUUGCAAUGUCGAACAAGUACGCAUUUUACGUGGCAUGGGUGCCAUUCAACCAGGCGUCAACAGAUGCAAGUUACUCUCGUGCAAGGAUUUCGACACGCUCUACAGAGACUGCACUACUGCCAGGUGCAUGAUGUCGCACAAGCCAACAGACAGCAGUUCCCGUCCGGGGAGACCACCUAAACGAGCCUCGUCGGUGGGCUUGUCGCUGGCUGCUUCGGCUUCGCAUUUGAGUCAUCAGAUGAAGAAACACCGUCUAGAGAACGGAGACUAUGUACCAGGAGUGUACGAAAACGGACACAUGCAAGACUCGCCGCGGAUGGAAAAGUCGCCGCUACUGGCCAACGGUUACAAUCACCCGCCGACGCACCUCGGACAUAUGCAGUACAUGCAGCAGUUCAACCAUCAUCAUCACCAUCCGGCAGCCGCUCACGCCAUAAUGAAUCCGGCAGGUCUAUCGCACCCCGCCUUACCGCGACCAGACGCGCAGUUGCUUAAGAGUCAGGGACUAUCGAUGGAAGCUUUGGCCAGUUCUGGUAUCUGGGAAAAGGCGUACGCCGGUUUUAUGAAGCAACUGGAAAGGGCUAAUGAUGAACGGGUGGGAGACAUUAAUCGAGCGUUGAGCUAUGAUCAGAAAGUCAGGGAUAUGAAUUCGCAAAAUGGCUCGUCAGAAGGCCACAGUCCAGUAUUGAAUCUCUCUAAAACUGGUGGAGAUCAUUCAGGUCCAGCUAGCGAUCACUCCGCUGGCGGACAUACUAAUGGCGACGAUGAAGACGACUUGGACGAAGACGAUGACAACAUUUCUGAUGGCGAAGAGGACGACAUUAAAGAUCAUGACUUAAGUGACAAUCCUGAUGUAGGAGGAAACAGUAGUGCUCACGGUAGCAUUACGCCACCACCUCAAACGUUGAACUUUGGUUCUACCGGUUCUGUUGACAUGGGUUUGUCAUACAUGACAACCGAGUCGCUUCUUCGUAAAAUUCAGGCAUUACUUAAAGCAGCCGCUGACAAGAUUCGAGAUGACGACCGCGCGUUAAACUUUGAAAAAGCCGAGUUGAAAAUGGACGUGCUCAGAGAAAGGGAAGUAAAAGGAAGCUUAGAACGACAGUUGGUCGACGCUCAAAAACUGCGAGUGAUCUAUCAGAAGCGUCUACGCAGAGAAAGAAAAGCUAGAAAACGUGUACAAGACCAACUUGAACAAGAACUAAAACGUAGAGCCCAACUUGAAGAAAUGAUCAAAGCAGCUGGUGCUCCAGCUGAUGCUCUUCGCAUCUUAACAGAAAAUAAUAAUGAAAAACCUAGAGAUAGAUCAGAGCAGUCGCAAAGCCCAAACUAUCCUUCAGGACAAGGGCAACGAGGAUCGGAGACGUCUAGCGAAAAACAAUGGAACUAUUCUGGGUUAGACUUGAUGAGCUCAUCCGGUGCCGCAGCCUUUUGGCAAAACUAUUCUGAGACUUUUGCACAGGAACUCGAUCUGGAACGAAAAGCCAGACAACAACAGUCAGCCCAACAGAACCAACAACAGAGUCAACAUUCGGACAGAGAUAUAAAGUCACCCGUUCCAGAUAGCAGAGCUAAAUUCUUUAACAAUUCCGUACUGUUCAGCACUGCGACAUAAUAGGUCAGAGUACAUUAUUUAUUGUAUACAAAUUGUACUUAAAAAUUAGUGAAGGUUUUUUAAAAAUAUUUCUUAUAAUUAUUUAUGUAAAAUAAUGGGCUUUGAUGCGUUAAAUAUUAUUAUAUAAUUUGUAUCGUAGUGUAAUAAUAAUUUUGAUAAACAUUGCACACGUUAGGUAUGUAAUAAUGUUGUUUUGCGAUAAGCAAAUAUAUUUUGUAUAAAGGAAAUAGUGAAAAAUGUAUUGUAUGAAAAAUUAUGUUAAUAUUUUGCGAUCUCAAAGUAGAACGAACUAAAAAAUAGAAUAACCACACCAGUCAUGGCUUACAACAAAGGUCAAUAGUUAUUAUUUUCAACGCCUGAAUUAUAAAAACCAAUGUACCGACUGAUUUUUAGAGGAUUAAAUUAUGUUUAAUUGUAAUUUAUUUGUAUAUCAUAUUAUAUUGUUUACAUAUUUAUAAAUAUGGAAGUGUGUGUUGUUAAAAAAAUAGACAAUUCGGGGGAAGCGUUUUUAAAUGUAAUAUAAUAGUUUAUAGUUCCUUCAGUUUUUGUAUUUAUAUCAAUUUUAGCAUCGUCGUUAAUUUACUUAAGCAAACAACGCGUUGCACUAUUAUUAUCUUUUUAAUUAUUUUACAAUUGUGUCGAAUUUUUUCUAUCGAUCUUUAAAUGACAUUUAAAUACCUAAUUGAAGUUUUUACUCGUUAAAUAUAAGAUCCAAUUGGAACUCAAAAGUUCUACAUUCAUUUGUAUAGAAGUAUUUAAGUUUAAAUAAUCUCGAUGUAAUUUUAUUAAUUCAUUAAUUACUUUUUAUAAUAUAAAUUUUAAAGUACGGUUGUAGAUAAAACCAAAGAAUAAUCGUUUGAAAAUGUAAACGCAAAGAAAGUUUAAAAUGAUAAAUGCUGAUCUUAAUGAAUAUUACAAACAAUAGAUAAUUGUUAGUCAGUAAAAAAAUUCAUAAUUUUUUUUUUUUGUAAAUUUUUACUAUACAUAAGAAUAUAAAUAUAUUAUAUAUAUAAAUUUUUAUGUUAUAAUUAUAUAUUAAUUAUCGACUAAGCUAUUAAUUGGCUUUGUCCAAUGUGUGUGUGUACAUGUAAUAUAAGUAUUAACAAUAAUUUAUGUACUUCUAAGCGAAUGAAUAAUUAUUUAUGCAUUGUAUUAAUGAAUAAAUUGUUCGCUGAAAAUCAUUAAAAUGUGCACAGUACGUAUAAAUAU